AUGGAGAAGGGCUACCAGGACUACACGCGUCCGAGCGGCGGGUACGUCAUCCUCGACGGCCCUCCAACCUCGCCCGGCAGGCCCUUCUCUGUCCCGACUGCAAACGGCAGCGAUGCCAGCGUCCGUCACAUGCCCGGCUAUUCGACCGUCGCCUCGUCGAGCUUUCACGCCGCCGGUCCCAACGCUUACGGCAACUAUGCACCGAUACCUGGGUCUGCUCCUACGAGACCAACAGGCAGCAUGAGGGGCAUGCGCGGCACGGGGCACGGCAGACAGCACGACGAUAGCUGGCAGGCGGUUGUCGGUCCGGGAGGGUCAGGGUACGGCGGGAUGAACGCGAACGGCCCGGAGCGUCACAAAGCGAAGGCUAUCGCCCGGGCACAGUUCCGCCCUCCGCGCGCCCAGUCCGACUCGCCGACCAAGAAGGCAGCCAAGGAGCGCAAGGCAGCUCAAGAAUCCGCCAGCACUGCGGACGCGAUCGAGCGACAGGUAGCCGAGCGCCGGCGGCAGGACGACAUCAAGAACCGGGCGCUCGCCAAAGCCAAGGUCGACAAGCUCGCCCUCAACGCAAAUGCCGAGCAAGAUCGGGCGAAGAACGCGACCGACGUCCUCUUCGAGCAGAAGAUGGCGCGCCAGCAAUCGACCGAGUCCGGCACGAGCAAGGCGAAACGGAAGGAUAACCAGGACGCCUCGCCGAAGAGGCACAAAGAGAAGGAGACGGAGAAGCGGAAGAAAAGCACGGACAAGGUGAAGGGCAAGGCUCGGGCGAGCGACCAGGAAAGCCUCGAUCAUUACUACAUUCGCGAGAACAAGCAGCCGAAAAGCAAGAAACGGCGCUCGUCGCAGUCAGAGGCCGGUCCGACCAAGCUGACGAAGGCGCGAGGCGGUCGCGACGGUUUCGACGACAGCGACGAAGACGGCAGACUCUCGACACCUCCCUCCUCCCUUCGUCGAUCGCCAAGACGGAAGGACAAGGGCAAGGGCAAAGGACGGACGCGCAGCAGCGGCGUCGUGUUGGUUGAUGACUCGGAGGAAGAGCUCGAGAUCGUCGAGAAGGAGAAGACUCUUGAGGAGCUGUUUAGGCAGGAGCGCGAGGAGGCGGAUGAGGUUGAUCGGGGAGAGCGGGGAGAGAGCGCGAUACCAGAGGCGACACAGGCGCUGCUCAGGCUGCGGGCGGACCGGCUCGAUUCGCCUGAUCCGCUCCUCGAGAACGACCACCUUGUCGCCGACCCGGAUACGCUCUGUCCGUUCUGCGACGCCCCCUUCCCCGACGACCCGAGCGACGAGCUUCUCCGCCUCAAGCGCUACCUGCUCAGCAACCCCGACGCCGAGCAUCGACCGACGAUGAAGAAUCGCAAGGCGAUACGCCUACCCAAUCAUGUCGUCGCGACUGCCGCGUUCUGCCAGCGUCACCGCAACGAGCGCGAGGUCAUCCCCGAAGGUCUCGCCAACGGGUAUCCUCGAGACAUCGACUUUGACGAGCUGCCGAAACGGAUCAGUCGCUUGCUGACCGAGCAUCUGCGAAGCGUCCUCAUGGGGAAUACCGCGACGCCUUUUCUGGAGCCGGCUAUCGAGCGCGUCGAGGCAGCCGGCAGGAGGCGCAACGUCAUUGGCGAGUACGGCAGCUUCGACAUUGAGGAGCCUGGCUACUACGGUCCGCGCGGUCUCGAAGUCAUGUUCGCGACGAUCAAGCGCCUCUUCACGGAGGACAUGCCCCUUCUCACCGCUCAGCGCACCCACCCCCUCGACAUCAAUUUCUACGUCCGCCGCGUCCUCGUUCCCGAGUGCGCCGUCGAGCUCAUCCGACACGACUUCGGCCUGGCUCAGACGACACGCGAGCGAGCCGAGGAGAUCAGGGAGGACAGUCGCGCCUACGGCAAGGCCGUUUUCCCCUCCGAGGCUGAGAUGGGCGAUGACGGUCGCGGCAUGACCAUGAGUCCGGAGAAACGGAAGAAGCGCUCGAGGUCGGCGGACGGCAGCGCAAAGAAGCGGAAGAAGCGGAAGGAGGUCGAGAUUGUCGAGUCGGAUGCGGAGGACAGCCCGUCACCUUCGCCAGUCAAGCAGGUCAGCCGCCCCGCCUUCCGGCAGCCGAAGCAGUUGAAGGCGGCCAAGGACGGCACCGGCAGUGCGGCUUCGUCUUCCGCUUCGUCGAGCAAGUCGCUCGCGUCAGGCUCCGGCAAGUCGUCAAGGACGACCGCCCUCACGAUCCCCUCUUCCGAGUCUGAGGCCGACAAGCCGCCUGCAUCCGCACAACGGGGCCGCAAGUUGCCAGGCGUCUCUUCCUCCGGUCUGUUCGAGGGCUUCAAGCGGGACGUGGAAGAACCGUCGUCCGAGUCGCCAGCCGCCGCUUCCUCCAGCGACGACGAGCUGAAGGAGGUCUCGAUCGAGCUCAACUUCGCCAAGCGUAACGCUCGAGCGGAAAAGGAGGAGAAGAAGCGGAAGAAAGAGAAGGCAGCGGCCAAGGCGGCCAAGACGAGGAAGGCGCGCCAGGAGCGUGGGAAGGACACGGUUCUCAGCUCGUCCGAAUCCGACUAG